GCCAUCCGGAAUCUUACACCAAACGCCAUGUCGUCGCAGAAACCAACGUCGAGCGAGAAUAUUGUCAGCCAAAAAUAUGACCGCUGCUUGGCGGAUUUACUGGUCAAGGCCGGUGUAGGUUUUAGUGCUGGAGUUGUUGCAUCCGUCAUUCUGUUCAGGCGACGUACAUGGCCAAUAGCGCUGUCUACCGGAUUCGGGAUAGGAGCUGCCUACGCCGACUGCGAUCGUUCUUUUAACCCGGCGAGAGUACCUGGGACACGCAUAAUUACACAAACGGAGGAAAGCAAAUAAUAUGUCAUUCCUGUAGACAGCUGCCCUUCACCCGACAAGGUUGUAUGUGGCUAUCCUCACGCGCCCCCCAAGUACCACAAAUCCUAUAGACACCCACACCUCUUUUUUAUUCGGUCAUAGAGUUUCUGAUCCAGUCGUUGAAUCGUGUUGUAGCUCUGAAUUGUGUGACAGGACUGAAGCCUCGUUUUUAGUAGGUGCAGGGAUAUCUCUGGGUACUUUCCGUUGAGGCUCAUCCAACACGAGACGCUUGUACAAAACGACUGAUGUUGCUGCCAUGAUGGGAGCAGUGAUGAUGAUUGUGCGAAGUCUUCGCGCUUGAGGCGGAAGCCUUGCCAUUAUUCAAUGUACUCCUUUGUGAAUCCUCGUCCAAAAACCCUGUGAUGGACUUCAAUUCCACGCCAACGAUGCAACGGUCGAGAUUGCAGUGUAAAUGACUCAGAGAACGUCACUGUCGGAUU